AUGAUGGGGCCCGCUCCCCGUCCAAGGCCCAGUGAGAAAGAAACCGCACAAAACUCGGUUGGUGGGAGGGAAAAGUGGAUGGAUGGGAUGGAUACCCGUCAGAAAGGUGUGAAAUGGGCCGGCAUUUUGCGCACUGUCAACCCCGUGGAGGCUGCAGACUUAGAAAAUGGUUCUUGUAUCGAGACAGCCAAACAGGAGGCUCCAAGAAACAACCACCGACCGGGAUCUGAGUGGGACACACUCCAUGGUAGUACCAGCAAGCACAGUCUCAAGCUGAAAGUCUGA